GUGGAGUGUCUGCCCCCCCCUUGGGGGGGCAGGACAGGGCCUCAGGCCUGGGUGCUGCUGGCACCUGGAAGAUGCCUGUGCCGUGGUUCUUGCUGUCCUUGGCACUGGGCCGAAGCCCUGUGGUCCUCUCUCUAGAGAGGCUUAUGGGGCUUCAGGACACUGUCCACUGCUCUCGGGACCUCUCCUGCCACCUCUGGGAAGGUGACAUGCUCUGCCUGCCUGGGAGUAUCGUGUCCACUGUAGGCCCCAUACUGGUCCCUACACGCCUGCAGACAGAGCUGGUGCUGAGGUGCCACCAGGAGACAGACUGUGACCUCUGUGUGCGUGUGGCUGUCCACUUGGCUGUGCAUGGGCACUGGAAAGAGCCUGAAGAUGAGGAAAAGUUUGGAGGAGCAGCUGACCCAGAGCUUGAGGAGCCUAGGAAUGUCUCUCUCCAGGCCCAAGUCGUGCUCUCCUUCCAGGCCUACCCUAGCACCCGCUGCAUCCUGCUGGAGGUCCAAGUGCCUGCUACCCUUGUGCAGCCUGGCCAGUCUGUGGGCUCUGUAGUAUACGACUGCUUCGAGGCUGCUCUGGGCAGUGAGGUGCGAAUCUGGUCCUACACGCAGCCCAGGUACCAGAAGGAACUCAACAUCACACAGCAGCUGCCUGACUGCAGGGGGCUCGAAGUCCGGGACAGCAUCCAGAGCUGCUGGGCCCUGCCCUGGCUCAACAUGUCUGCAGAUGGUGACAAUGUGCGCUUGGUUCUGGAUGUCUCUGAGGAACAGCACUUUGGCCUUUCCCUGUACUGGAAUCAGGUCCAGGGCCCCCCAAAACCCUGGUGGCACAAAAACCUGACUGGGCCACAGACUAUUACCUUGAACUUCACAGACCUAGUUCCCUGCCUCUGUAUUCAGGUGUGGCCCCUGGAGCCCGACUCCGUCAGGACAAGCAUCUGCCCCUUCAAAGAUGACCCCCGCGCACACCGGAACCUCUGGCGUGCCGCCCAGCUUCAGCUGCUACCUUCGCAGAGCUGGCGGCUGGAUGCGCCGUGCUCGCUAUCCGCCGAGGCGGUGCUCUGCUGGCAGGCACCGGGCUGGGGUUCCUGCCAGCCACUUGUCCCACCUUUGUCCUGGGAGAAUGUCACUGUGAACAAGGCCCGCAAGUUCCCUGUGCUGAAAGGCCACCCUAACCUCUGUGUCCAGGUGAACAGCUGGGAGAAGCUGCAGCUGCAAGAGUGCUUGUGGGCUGAUUCCCUGGGGCCACUGAAGGAUGAUAUGCUGCUGGUGGAGACACGAGGCCUUCAGGAUAACAGAUCACUCUGUGCUUUGGAACCCAGUGGCUGUAUUCUACUGCCCAGCAGGGCCUCCACGAGGGCAGCUCGCCUUGGAGAGGAGUUACUUCAAGAUCUGCAGUCAGGCCAGUGUCUGCAGCUAUGGGAUGAUGACAUGGGAGCUCUGUGGGCCUGUCCCAUGGACAAGUACAUCCACAAGCGCUGGGCCCUGGCGUGGCUGGCCUGCCUACUCUUAGUCUCUGCGCUUUUCCUCCUCCUCCUUUUCAAAAGGGACCACGUGAAAGGGUGGCUGAGGCUCUUGAAGCAGGACAUCCGCUUGGGGGCGGCCGCCAGGGGCCGAGCGGCCCUGCUCCUCUAUUCCGCCGAUGACGCGGGCUUCGAGCGCCUGGUGGGCGCCUUGGCUUCGGCGCUGUGUCGGUUACCGCUGCGCGUAGCCGUGGACCUAUGGAGCCGUCGUGAACUGAGCGCGCAAGGACCCCUGGCCUGGUUCCACGCGCAGCGGCGCCAGACCCUGCAGGAGGGCGGCACUGUGGUCCUGCUUUUCACGCCCGGGGCCGUGGCGCUGUGCGGCGAGUGGCUGCAGGACGGGGCGGCCGCGCCCGGGGCGCACAGCCCGCACGACGCCUUCGCCGCCUCGCUCAGCUGCGUGCUGCCCGACUUCCUGCAGGGCCGGGCUCCCGGCCGCUACGUGGGGGCCUGCUUCGACGGACUGCUCCACCCGGACGCCGUGCCCACCCUUUUCCGCACCGUGCCCGUCUUCUCACUGCCCUCGCAGCUGCCCGACUUCCUAGGGGCCCUGCAGAGGCCCGGCGCCCCCCGCCCCGGGGGGCUCCGGGAGAUGGCGGAGCAAGUGUCCCGGGCCCUUCAGCCCGCCCUGGUCAGCUGCUUCCAGCCCUCGGGGAUUCCGGGCCCGGAUGCGGGAUGGGACCUGGGGCGGGGAACAGGACUUGAAUAAAGGCAUACGCUGCUUUUCUA